AUGCCUGCUGUUCCCCAAGAUGCGCCCGAGUCCGCUGGACAAAUCCCCGCGCCCGAAAAGUCAACCCCUACCUUCAGCCCCGAAGAUGUGACCGUCAUCUUCGUUCUCGGCGGUCCUGGUGCCGGCAAGGGUACCCAGUGCUCCAAGCUCGUCUCUGAGCACGGCUUCACCCACCUUUCUGCCGGUGACCUGCUGCGCGCUGAACAGGAGAGGCCCGGUUCCCAGUAUGGCGACCUCAUCAGGGACUAUAUCCGCAACGGUCUCAUCGUUCCCAUGGAGGUGACUAUUGCUCUCCUCGAGAACGCCAUGUCCGCUGUCCUCAAUGAGACAGGAUCGCAGAAGGGCCGUUUCCUCAUUGACGGUUUCCCUCGCAAGAUGGACCAGGCUGUCAAGUUCGAGGAGACCGUCUGCCCUGCCAAGCUUGUCCUCUUCUUCGACUGCCCCGAAGAUGUCAUGGAGUCCCGUCUCCUCGAGCGUGGCAAGACUAGCGGUCGCGAUGACGACAACGCCGAGAGUAUUCGCAAGCGAUUCCACGUCUUUAUCGAGACCAGCAUGCCUGUUGUCAACCACUUUGAGGAGGUUGGCAAGGUUCUGAAGCUUGAUGCUACCCCUACUCCCGAUGAAGUCUAUGCCAACACCGAAAAGGCCCUCGCCGAGCGGCUGGGAUCCAGCUUCUAA